AUGAAUAAUUUUGGGGGUGGUAUCGAACACCCGACGAGAGCCGAGCAGCCGAGAACUCCGGGUGGUACCACACAGCAGCGUUGCGUGGGGCAAGAUUGUUUCCUCAAUUUGUUCCAAACUAAGAUUUUCCUCGCCAUAACUGAGGUAGCUGCCGCCAUCGAGACCCAUUUGGAUGAUUUCAACGGUUUUCCAAACCCGGAAGAUCAUGCUGCCAUAAAAACGAAAUUCAUGGAACGUUAUAAUGUUCCGGGUGUAAUUGGGUUUGUGGAUGGCACGCAUAUUGCAAUAACAAACCCAAGAUUAAAUAUUGAACACCAGUACCUAAACCGUGAUAGUCGUUACCAAUUACAACCAUAUCUUAUUACACCAGUGAGGAAUCCUGCAGAUGAUACCCCUGAACAUCGUUUAAAUAUAGCACACCGAAGUGCAAGAUCAUGUGUUGAACGGUGUAUCGGUAUAUUAAAGGCCAGAUUUCGGUGUUUAAUUCAAGAACGGGUACUUAAAUAUGCACCAGUGAAAGCGGGCAGUAUUAUCAAUGCGUGUGCAAUCUUACACAAUUUUAUGGUUGCACGAAACCUUCCACUACCUCCAGAACAUGAGAUCCUGAAACACAUGGAUGACCCAGGUGACAACGACGACGACGAUUUGGUGUCGGAACAGCCCCCAAAUGAGGCACGAAUGAUAAAUAUAGCUCUUAAAACCAGUAAAUUUCAUGCUCUGCAGUUUUAA